GGCCGCCACAAGCACCGACACCAGCUCCGAACCUGAUCCAACGACCGACACCGAGCGCCGCACGUCCAGCGAUACGCCAUCAUGGGCAAAGCCAAGAAGACCAGAAAGUUUGCCGAAGUCAAGCGGAUGCUCAACCCGAAAGACACCAGGCUAAAAGCCAACAAGAAGAAUGAGGAGCAGGCUCAGAAGCAGCCAGAAACCGAGCUCGUUCGGCACAUCCCGCAAGUGGCAUCUUCGCUGUUUUUCAAGUACAAUGCUGCGUUGGGUCCGCCAUACCAUGUCCUGGUCGACACCAACUUUAUCAACUUUUCCAUUCAGAACAAACUCGAGCUGGUCAAGGCCAUGAUGGACUGCCUCUAUGCCAAAUGCAUUCCCUGUGUCACGGACUGUGUGAUUGCCGAACUCGAGAAGCUCGGCGUCAAAUAUCGGAUCGCUCUGAAGGUUGCGAGAGAUCCUCGAUUUGAGCGACUCCCGUGCACACACAAUGGCACCUAUGCGGACGACUGCAUCGUCAAUCGAGUGAUGCAACACAAGUGCUACAUUGUCGCUACUUGCGAUAAAGAUUUGAAGAGACGGAUACGGAAAAUCCCCGGCAUUCCGAUCAUGUAUAUCGCGAGCCGCAAAUAUGCCAUCGAGCGGCUCCCUGAGGCCCCGAUUUGAAUCAAAAUUGAAUCGUAAGAGCGUAUACAGACGCCUUCCAAUCGAGCGAUGCACCCAUUCUUGUUGAAAGCAGACCUGCACCCAAAUCGGACUUGCGCUGUAGGUCGCAUGAUCACGACCUGCCGAAUGACCGUCUGUCCUCGUGCGCGAUCCUGGGAGUGACAUCGCGAAUACAUCCAGCCGAUGCCCACGGGCGAUGAUUGACUGCCACACCGGGAUCAUGUUCAAGACGACAGUGAGAUUGGGUGCGGAGUGUAGUGGGUAUAUCAGAUCGUCGGGACAGAUCCGUAAAUUGAUCAUGUGGGUAAUCCCGCCACCAACAGAAAAUAGAGCAGGGGCGCUAAGUACGAGAUGCUCUGUUAUUACAGUCUAUCCAGAAAGAAACGGGACAGUUCCUUCCUGGCUUCGGAUGUCUGAAGCCCGCUGACUGACUGU